ACAUCCGGGCAACUCCUUACAAUAUACUUUCGACACACUGCUGCAUAACGAGCUAUUUGAUUACAAAGCGCAAAUUUUAAAGCUAUGUUAUCUCGGUCAAUACGCGCAGAAACUCGCAGCAGAGCGAAGGAAGACAUCAAGAGAGUAAUAACUGCUAUUGACAAAGUUCGGAAUUGGGAGAAGAGAUGGGUAACUAUUGGUGACACAACAAUGAAAGUCCUCAAAUGGGUUCCAAUAAGUGCAUCCCAGCCCACUUCCCAAAAGAUGUUUGGUAAGAAGAUUGCUCACACAUCCAAGAACCGGGUGGGUCGCAUACUCAAGGACCACUCCAAUGGGGAGGACAGCAAUCAAGGCAGCCUGGACAUUGAUGAGUCCACAAGGCACUCACAGGGCUCUGACAGCGGCUCAGGCAACCUGCUCAACGAGGAUUCCAACAUGUCCUUCCCCGACCUGAAAAACACGGAGGAUGACAGCAACGACACAAACAUGAGCGCAGCUUUGAAACUGGUUCGCAAUGAAAAUGAGGAUGAGUCUUAUGAUUCCAUGGACAAUGGUUCCCCUGUAAAGCGCUUGAAAACAGACGACAAAUCUAGCAGCUGAGACCAUGUUGACUGUAGCAAUCUUUAAAAGACUCCAAUUACCCAACUUAAUUAUGGAAAAAGUGGGCUAAUGCUUUUGUGUAAAGUGACCUCCCAUAUUAGCCUGUGCAGUACGCACAUGCUUAUAAGAGCCGAUACUCUCUGCCUUAAUUUAAUUUUGUUUAGGAGGCACUUCAUUUAAAGGAAAGAUACUCUCAAAUAGCAAAGAGUCCACCUUAAUAAGCAUGUACAGGCUAAUCUAAGACUACAAUUUCAGCACAUGGAAAGAGCCCUGUAUUUCCAGAACGAGGCUCCAAGACUCUCAUUAGCGUCCUGAGUUCUGCUGCCCUGUCAUGUAGAGGCAACCUACACACAUUUGUUCUUAAUUGGAUUGCUGAAAAUCAGAACUGCUUCUGGUGAAAAUGGCUGGUGUUGUGGUGUUGAUGUGUUGAUAACAGUCACCAUGGUUUUGUUGUCCGCUCAAUUGUCCCACUGCAUUUAAAUGUUGUGAUGGGAUAACUAUAACAUUGGCAAAAUUACCUGUUGGCUCCAAUUGUUAAGGCUUGGAUUAAGAAAUGUAGGCAAAGUUAGCUGUUAGCCACAAUUGUUAAUGUUUGGAUUAAGAUAUUUGAAUUUAGAUUCAGAAUUGCCUUUGCCCAAUAUCAAGAAGAAUUCAUAAUAUCAUAGAUGGUUAACUUUUUGCCACACUAUAGCCAUCAGAAUACCUGGUAAGAUAGAAGAAAACCUUAUCAUGGUAACUAAAUAAUUAGGUUACAAAUUGAAAAGCAAUGUAUGAUUGGAUUAACUCUUGAUAUAUUAUUAGGGUUUAUGUUUGUUGGUUAUACCGGUACUUACAGUAAUGUUGUAACAGUUUUAACCCUUUCCCACUCAUAGGCAAAAGGAAAUUGACUAUGUGCAAACAGCACAAACCAGAACAGCCUGCAAGUCACUCGCAGUCUGUUCAGGUUAUAUGCUGUUUGCUGCUCAUCAGUAUCUUAGGGUUGGAAAUGAAGCCUUUCAAACUUGAAUACUAAUGUAUUAAGAAAGGACUUUAAUUUGACUUUCUAAAGGACUUCAAAUGCAUCAAAGUGCGUUUCUGAGUGGUAAAGGGUUUACAUAUUAAACAAUUUUGUCACUGUUUUGCAACACCUGUACAUCUGCUCAUGUGUACAAGAUUGUGCAACCUUCUUGAAAAUCAUGUCAUAUCAUUGUAUUUAUAUAUAGUUAUAUAUAUCAUUUUUAAAGAAUUUAUCAUGUCAUAUUUUUAACUAGGGCUGUCACGAUUCACCGGUAUACCGGUAUAUCGCAGUGCAUGUCAUGAAAAAAAUCGCACCGCGGUACGGCGUUGCCGCACCGGUUUUUUUAAUAUUAUUAUAUUAGCACAGAUAUAAAUACAUUACAUAAUUAUUUUGAUAUAGAUAUCAUUUUGAAAAAUGUAGAAGCGAUUCAAAAGGGCUAAAUAAAUAAUCCGUUAAUAUUCAGGUCAAGCAAGCGAUUCCACUUGUACAUGUUUAACUUUCACGUUUAAAAUACGGCGAUGUAUGGGUCCGUACCUUUUUUGGAAUUAGGGACAGAUUUCCUUUGCAAAUAAGUUCAUUAUUAUCCAAAAGAUGUUUAUUCUAUUUCUCAUUUUCGAACUUUAGUAUAUCGAUCGUUCAAAGCAUGGCACUUUCGAAUCAUGUUAUCUUAAGAUUCUGAAUAAGUCGAGGAAGAGUCAGAACGCUACGGAUUUUCAAUACUGGGCCCGCUGACUCCGCAUUUUGAACAUGCCCUUGAAGCGUUCGAUUUACACAGAUCGUAGUCACAGCUAUUGUAAACAACAUGGCGGACAUUUUAGAAAAAGACUCGAAUAAUAACAAUGACUACUUCUAUCAAGUUUAUUACAGUUUCUUUUACAGUUUCUAGUCAUACUAUGAUACCAGUGUUUUCUGAUUAUUGAGUUUAAUAAAGUUUGUAAAACUUGUUAUUCUGCUGUUUUCUUCACAGAUGCAUAUUCUGUAAAAUAUCGCGGUACGUACCGCGAUACAGUGUUGCCGUACCACGAUAUACCGCGGUACGCUCACAGCGUAUCGUGACAGCCCUAUUUUUAACAAUUACUCUGUGUUGUCAGUUACUUAUGAUUAUUUUCAUAUUCCUUUUUGAUUUUUAGAAUAUUGUAAGUUAAAACAAGAUUUGUGUUUUUUUUCAUUGAAGAAUCAUGUUUUAUAAAUUGUACUAGUGUAAAUAUAACUUAACUUCAUAAUACAUGUAUGUACCAAAUCACUAAAGCAAGACAUUAAUUGUUAACAUUAACCUUAGAAAAUCUUACUAUAAGACACCUACAAUUUUCAUGGCUGCAUUUAUGAUCUUUGAUGCAGAAUGUUGUACAAGGGCUGACCUGUUAUUGCAGUUAUAAAAUCUUAGAUAGUGCCUUACCGUGGGUGCUCAGUGAAGAACGAGAGUAUUAACCUGAUAAGAAGGUCAAUAACGAAUUCUGAGUAGUUUAAGAUAUUGUUCAGAAACAAUGAAUACUGUUAAGAAUGCAGCCUUGCUCUGGCUAAAUGUAUGUGCCGAAAGUGUCGUCACAGAUAAGCCUCCGCAGUCCGCACUUUACACUUUUAUGGAAUUUCUCGUAUUAAGGAGGUCUUUUUGAAACCAAAAUCAAUUUAAGGGGGAAAGCGUUGUCAUUGAUUAACCUGUGUGUACUGCAAAGACUUAUAUGUGACGACUUUAUGCACAUGCAUUAAGCCCAGUUUUCCAAAAAAUUAUCUUCUUAUACUCUAUCAAAAAACAACACAGAUGAAAAUGGAGUAUAAUGGAAUCAAUGUGUCUGGAUGUAAGUGCUGGUAUAUUUGCAGCAUAACUUGCAAACCCUUUAGAUAACAAAUUGUUACAGUACACAAUACAUGUUGGUUUGUUUCUACAAUAAUAAACAUGAAACUGAUUAAGUAACAAUUUUCUGUCUUCUUUAUUCUCAUAAUUUUCGUUAAAUGUUUCCUGUAUUAUUUACAAUAAAUUGUUCAUAUGAUAAAAAGGUUAAUAAGAAGUACUUUAUUUCUGCCCUAUUAAGCAAAGUAAUAGUACUACUGUACUCACUUUUGGGGACCAUUGCCUUGUUAAGAAAGUGAUUGUGUGCAUUGUAAAUAUGAAAAUGUUUUCUGUGUUGUAUUUGUAUGUGUUGACUUCUUAACUUUAAACAAUUACCAUAUGGCCUGAAGCUGUGAUGAAUGAUUGUAGAUGAAAGCAUUGUGCACAUGAGAUAAUUUUGCAUUUUGUGAAUUGUAUGUAUAAAUAUAUGCUUAAGAAUAAUGUAAAAGUAAAUAUUUAUUGUAAAUGUG